AGUAAAGAACACUUUUGAAAAUAUGAAUUUUACAUGUAAGAAUUUUUUACCCUUAAUAAGAAAGAGAAUAAAGGAAAAUCUCAGAUUUUAAGCUAAUAUUUGUAAUAGUUCAAUGAUGAAAAACCGGUGAAAAUCAUCUCUGGCUUGUAUAUUGUAUAAGACAUUGAAAUGUCAUUUGGCUGAGUGCCGAUGGCUCAUGUCUGUAUUCCUAGCUAAUAAUGAUGCAGAAAUCUGAGAAUAGUGGUUUAAAGCCAGCCAGAAGUGGAACUGUGGCUCAAAUAGUAGAGUGCUAGUCUUAAGCAAAAGAAGCCCAAGGAUAGCACCCAGUCCCAGAGGUUAAGCCCUAGGACUGGCACAAAACUUAAAUUAUCAUUUUAUUUUAAUUGUUUUUCAAAAUGAUUAUAUGGAAAUAAAGGUUAUCAGAUUGGAAAAAAAAUACUAUUAAAGUUGGUUUUGUUGUUGUUUUUUACCCCUAGCCACCAGUUGUAUUAUUUAAUCUCCCAAGGAAAUUUUUGUCUAAUAAAGCAAUGGGAAAUCCAGAAAACAUAGAGGAUGCAUAUGUUGCUGUUAUUCGUCCAAAGAAUGCUGCCAGUCUCAACUCUCGGGAAUAUAGAGCUAAGUCCUAUGAAAUUUUAUUGCAUGAAGUUCCUAUUGAAGGACAGAAGAAAAAGAGAAAGAAAGUUUUGUUAGAAACAAAACUUCAAGCCAACAGUGAGAUAACACAAGGCAUAUUGGAUUAUGUAGUAGAAACCACCAAACCAAUUUCUCCAGCAAACCAGGGUAUCAGAGGAAAACGAGUGGUGCUAAUGAAGAGAUUUCCUUUAGAUGGAGAGAAGAUGGGCAGAGAAGCAGCAUUAUUUAUAGUUCCAUCAGUUGUCAAAGAUAAUACUAAGUAUACAUACACUCCAGGAUGCCCAAUUUUUUACUGCUUACAAGAUAUUAUGAGAGUGUGUAGUGAGUCCAGUACUCACUUUGCAACCCUUACAGCAAGGAUGUUAAUAGCCUUGGACAAGUGGUUGGAUGAACGUCAUGCACAAUCUCACUUUAUUCCAGCUUUAUUCCGACCUUCUCCCCUUGAGCGGAUAAAAACUAAUGUUAUAAACCCUGCAUAUGCUACCGAAUCAGGUCAAACAGAAAACUCACUACAUAUGGGCUAUAGUGCACUGGAAAUAAAGAGUAAAAUGUUAGCACUAGAGAAAGCAGAUACCUGUGUUUAUAACCCUUUGUUUGGAUCAGAUCUUCAGUAUACAAAUCGGGUAGAUAAAGUGGUAAUAAAUCCAUACUUUGGCCUUGGAGCUCCAGACUACUCAAAAAUACAAAUACCCAAACAGGAAAAGUGGCAGAGAAGCAUGAGCAGUGUUACAGAAGACAAAGAACGACAAUGGGUAGAUGAUUUUCCUCUCCAUCGAAGUGCCUGUGAAGGAGAUUCAGAAUUACUCAGCCGUCUUCUCAAUGAGAGAUUUUCAGUCAACCAAUUAGAUAGUGACCACUGGGCACCCAUUCAUUAUGCAUGCUGGUAUGGAAAAGUUGAGGCCACUCGCAUAUUAUUAGAGAAAGGAAAGUGCAAUCCAAACCUUUUAAAUGGACAGCUAAGUUCUCCUCUUCACUUUGCUGCUGGAGGAGGACAUGCUGAAAUAGUUCAGAUUCUCCUAAACCAUCCAGAAGUUGACAGACACAUAACAGACCAACAAGGAAGAUCCCCAUUAAAUAUUUGUGAAGAAAACAAACAAAAUAAUUGGGAAGAAGCCGCUAAAUUAUUGAAGGAAGCCAUUAACAAACCAUAUGAAAAAGUUCGAAUAUAUAGAAUGGAUGGAUCAUACCGUUCUGUUGAACUGAGGCAUGGAAAUAAUACCACAGUGCAGCAGAUAAUGGAAGGAAUGCGUCUAUCUCAAGAAACUCAGCAGUAUUUCACUAUAUGGAUCUGUUCAGAAAACCUUAGCCUUCAGCUCAAGCCUUAUCAUAAACCUUUACAACAUGUUCAUGACUGGCCAGAAAUACUUGCUGAAUUGACUAAUUUGGACCCCCAAAGAGAAACACCACAGCUUUUCCUGCGAAGGGAUGUGAGACUUCCUCUAGAAGUUGAAAAAAAGAUUGAAGACCCACUAGCACUUCUUAUUCUCUUCGAUGAAGCCAGAUACAAUUUACUGAAGGGCUUUUAUACAGCUCCUGAUGCUAAACUGAUAACGUUGGCAAGUCUCUUACUGCAAAUAGUUUAUGGAAACUAUGAGAGUAAGAAACAUAAACAAGGCUUCCUAAAUGAAGAAAAUCUGAAAUCCAUUGUACCUAUUACCAAACUGAAAAGUAAGGCACCUCACUGGACAAAUCGAAUUCUUCAUGAGUACAAGAAUCUAAGUACAAGUGAGGGUGUCAGUAAAGAAAUGCAUCACCUGCAGCGAAUGUUCUUACAGAAUUGUUGGGAAAUUCCUACAUAUGGAGCAGCUUUUUUCACAGGACAGAUAUUUACCAAGGCAAGCCCCAGCAAUCAUAAAGUAAUCCCUGUAUAUGUAGGAGUGAAUAUAAAAGGGCUUCAUCUCCUCAACAUGGAAACAAAGGCUUUACUCAUCAGUCUUAAGUAUGGCUGUUUCAUGUGGCAGUUGGGAGAUGCUGAUACUUGUUUUCAGAUCCAUAGUAUGGAAAAUAAAAUGAGCUUUAUAGUUCACACAAAACAGGCUGGUCUGGUGGUAAAAUUGCUAAUGAAGCUAAAUGGACAAUUAAUGCCUACUGAAAGAAAUUCAUGAAAGGAAAAUAGCUGGUAUCCAAGCUACCACAUUGUGAAAUGCAGAAUUUUUCCAUGAAAGAUAUCUUAAAAUAUGUUUACAAAGCAUUUGUCCUGUAACAUAUGUGCAUACUAUCACAUUGUACAGAAUCUGUACUUACCAUUGGUGUGUAAUAUACCAAAUCAUUUUAUAUAUUAUCAUAAGCUAUUCUAAUUUUUGAGAGACACAUAAAGCCAUAGGUUGGCAGUCUGUAUACUUGUAGACAAAAUAGUAAGCUUUAUUAAAAGUUAUUUUUGGUAAAUAGUAAAGACUUUGGAGUGGAAUGUGAUUAAAAUAUAGCUUUGGUGUAACUAUGUGUUAUUUUAAAGUAUACUUAAAGUCAAUAUUGUUUGAAUAAAGAAAAUGUAUUUUCUACUUGGACCGUAUAGCACUGUUAUUUAAAACAUCUUCCCAUAGUCCAUAACAUUUUUAACAGGUUUUAUAAAAUUUUUUAUUAAAAUGUAUAUAUAGCUUAAGACAGUGUUUCUCAAAGUAUUGUUCUUUAAACUCUGACUAAUAAUUACCUAAGUAAAAAGGAAGAACUCAGAGAUUCCCUCUAAACAAGUUUAUGCAUUCUCUGGAAGUAGCAGGAACUGGCUACAGUUGGGAGGUUUAUUUUAUUUUUUCUUUAGAGGUAAUUCCAGACCCAUUAAGGAGAUGAUAUCAAAGUUGAGAAAUUAUACCAUUGCUUAUGACAUACAAACAUGCAUGUACAUGUUUUAUGUAACAAUCUGGAUGUCUGUGGUUGCCCUUAUGGAAUACACAAAUAUUUUUAUGGCUUGAGAAUGAUUUUAUAUUGCCUUUACAUUAGAGGAAGUAGGUCACCAAAUACCAGUUUCAUUUAGGGGAGUGAAUAUAUAGAUGAAGUGCCAACUUGAUGAAAGUGCUAUUUAAUAAUCUAGAUGCUAGUCUUUCCAGAUUAAUGGUCUGAUGUGUUCUAAAUUAAGUUUAGAGAUGAUUAAGCAUAUUGAAAGUUUUCCUACAGAUUGCAAAAAAUUUUCAUAUUUUAUUUAUUACUUUUCACUUUAACUCUGCUUAUUUGGAAUGGUACUGUCUAAGCAUUAUUAAAAUUUAGAUUAGGUACAAGGUUAAGAAAUCUUGAUUUGUCUUUAAUUCUGCACUUGACACCUUCAUUUCUAUAUUUAAAAAAAAACACAAAACCCUCCCUUCACAGUUCCAGGGUUCAUGGUUACCAAAUACUCCCUAAACCUAAAAUUUGACUCUCUAAACUUAAAAUUUCAGCUUCCUCCUUCCUCUCUCUGAACUCUAGCCCUGUGUAUAUAGCCUCAAGGAGCUGCAAGGAUUUAAAGUGUUACAAGCCAAGGGAAAGAUGACAAGGCGUUAAACUGAGGUGGUUGCAGUACCAGGAAAGAAGGCAAUGGAAAAAGACCCACAAGAUAUUUGAUAGCAUAUGAUCAACAGCAUGUGUAUGAUGAGAAAAGCAAGAAAAGCUAAAAGCCAUUUCAGUAUAUGCCUAAGUCUAUAACAUAUGUUUCCAUUUUGCAUGCUGUAUAAUUUUAUAUACAAUUGUAUGUAGGCAGGCUAUGUUACUUGUGCAAGAUGAAAAACUAAGAGAAUUUGAAGUAUGGGAGUCUGGCUUUGAAUUUGGACAUUAGAUAAAGGUAGCUGGAGAAUGUGAAAAAACUAAAAAGACCAAACCUUGAAAAGUGGCCUUGUUCACUGCUUUUGGGGAGCUCCUGGAGCCUCUGGUCUCAGACUGACUGGAGUUUGUUGAAAGAUGCCCCUGGGACAGUACAGACUAGUGGCUCUGAGCAAGGCUGUGUAAAGGAUUCUGAAACUAACCUAAGAUGACAUUGAUGGGAAGGAAUGAAAUGACAUUUUGACAAAUGCACUGACCCUCCAGAUGUGGAAGUAAGGAAGAGGUAAGAGGCAAAUAGCCUAACAUAGUUAUGGAGGAGGUUUUGAAAAACUUGUGCCUGGUAAUGUGUAGAAUUUCUGUGGGUCUGCAGCUUCAAAGGCCCUAUAGGAGGUAGCUAUUAGAACUCCAGGAAGAGCAGAGCACAGAGCAAGAGUCCCAGAAUUUGAGGAAUAGGCAAAGAUGAAAGGGAACACAAAGCAUCCUAGUAUGGUAAGUGGAUAGCAAUAUGAAAAAGAACAGCUUGGUAACCUAGCACGUAAUAUAGAUCCAGUAAAAGGAAGAUACUGAAAUAGUACUCAUCAUCACUAGGCAGAAACUAUUGUCAGCAUGUUCAUUUAUGGAGAUUUUUAAAUAAAUAGGAAAGGAAAGGUUUAAAUGCUUUUUAGAUGUUCACAAAAGGAAAGUAAAUGAAUCAGGAUUUGGAACAAGUGGAACUGAAGAUGCAGAUGGCACCACCAUCUUGGAAAUGUUUAGUAUAUUCUUAGAAGUUACAUAUAUAUCUACUCUUUACUCAACUUUCUACUCCCAAGUAUUUUUCCCCAACAAAUGCUGCUAUUUGCAUAUAGAGCUCUCUCUAUAUAGUUUAUAGAUUUGCACUGUUUUCAUUAUGAAAAGUAAUUUAUUCAUAAAGGAUCCAAACUGGAAACAAUACAAAUAGUCUUCAGUGAGUGAAUAAACAGGUACAUCCACACAAUGGAAUGUUAACAAGAAAAACUAUUGAUGAACAAUAUGAACUACUCUAAUAAGGUUCUCUUUAGUGUUUAUGUUAGCAAAGAUUAAUAUUUCUAUAUGUAUAAAGAUACUAUAGCAUUUCCUUUAGAUGAAAUCCUGAGAAGACAAAACUAGAAUCUGAAAGCAAAUAGCAUUUACUAGAGAUUAGGUAUGAGAGAGAUUAUAGAUACAUAGAGAGCAGUGUGAAGGAAUUUGGAGUAGGGAGGUAAAAUAUUCAGUAUAUUUGUCAUCUAGUAGACAAGAGAUAAGUCAAUACCCAAAUUCCACUUAAUUUGUGGUCAAAGAUAAAAAAGGAAAAAUACCUGGAAAUGCAGACAACCUUCAAGAGUGGAGAAGUAGAAUUUUUUUGUACUUAGAAACAGCAAAAGUUAAUCACAAUAAUUAAAAAUCAUAGGACUGAGACAAUCUGUGGGAAGAUGUUUAGAAAAGCAUUGCAGUCUGGCAAAGCAGUCUAGUAACUGUUCACUCCCUUUAUCCUGAGAAACACACUGGAAGAUAACCUAAAGAUGAGGCCCCUGCGCCCACAUCCCCACUCACAAUUUCCCCUACUUGUGUGGAGAGUAAACUGUGUGUUCCAUUUCAACAAGAAAACACAAUGAUGGUUUUUAAAUAUUAUGGUUUAAAAAAAAAAAGAUAAAAUUUUGGCUGGAGACAUGGCUCCAGAGAUAAAGCACCUGCCUAACAAGUGUGAGACAGAAUUUUCAAUCAAUCAUCAGUACCACCAAGAAGAUAGGUUCCCUUUUGCCUGGACUGGCCUUGAACUCUAAUUCUCCUACCUGUCUCCUAGGUAACAGAUAAUUACAUAUAUCAUCAUGCCCAGCUUGCUUUUUGAGAUAAAGUUUCACUAAUAGUUUUACCAGGCUGGCCUCAAACCUCCAUCCUUCAAUCUCCGCUCACGCUGGGAUUUAGAAUAUGUAUGUGGUGUUUUAAUAGCAUAUAUUUUCAUUAUAUUUUGUAGAUUCUGUAUUUGUAUUGAUAUGCCAGUAGGACAGUGGAAAAGAAAGAAUCGUAAAUGGUAAAUGAUAGAUUGCCUGUAGAUGAAUAAACAACUCUUGAAUA